AUGAAGCGCAAGACUGAGGAUUCUUCUCACCAGUCUAAUGGUGACCAUGGGGCGAAAAAGCGAACUCUCCCCGACGAAACGGUCGUCUCGCGCUUCCGUGAGGGUUUAUUCGUGCCAGCCGAACUCGAUAAAUAUACGCAGGCAUACGCCACCUCAGCACCGUACAAGCACGGUGUUAUCUCUCCAUUGAUCGCACCGCAACUUCUGCGCUCCGUCCGCAGUGAAAUUAAAGAAAACCUCUCCUUCACCGAGAAAGAAACGGAUAUCUACAAGAUAUUUCAAUCGGGCGAUCUUGCCAAUCUAGAUGGACUGGAUGAUGCUUCUCUAUCGCGGCUUCCCUCUCUUCUACAGCUACGCGAUGCUCUCUACUCGGCCAAGUUCCGCCACUAUCUAUCAUCGCUGACGGGGUCUGGAGAACUGAGCGGGAAGAAAACCGACAUGGCUAUUAAUGUCUAUACGGAAGGAUGUCAUUUACUGUGCCACGACGAUGUCAUUGGAAGUCGACGUCUCAGCUACAUUCUUUACUUGACCGAUCCCGAUACCCCAUGGGAGGCAGCAUGGGGUGGAGCCUUGCGCCUUUUCCCAACCAAGACAGUCAAGGAUGAGAAGGGCGAAGAUAUCAAAAUUCCUGGUCCAGACCACACACUCUCCAUACCUCCGGCUUUCAAUCAACUUAGCUUCUUUACUGUGCAGCCAGGAGAAAGCUUCCAUGACGUCGAAGAGGUCUACCAUCCAUCGGAGGAAGAGAAGGGCAAACAAAAACGCGUACGUAUGGCCAUCAGCGGCUGGUAUCAUAUUCCACAAGAAGGCGAAGAUGGAUAUGAACCGGGCUUGGAAGAAAAGUUAGCGGAACGAAGCAGUCUCUCACAGCUUCAAGGGAGAGGCGAUGCAUUUGAUCAACCGCAACCACAGGUCGUUGACUGGGAAGCUGACCAAGGAAAAGGCAAGGGCAAGGGCAAAGGCAAAGAAGUUGCCCAGUCAGAGGAUGACGAGCUUACUGAGUCUGACAUAAACCUGCUAUUGAAGUUCCUUGCGCCAUCUUAUUUGACACCAGACAUUGCCGAGGAGCUUUCGGAUACUUUUGUGAAUGACUCUUCACUCAGCCUAGAAAAGGUCCUGUCAGAAAAGUUUGCAACCCGGGUCCGAGAGUAUAUUGAACAACAAGAAAAAGAUAAAUUACCUACAUCUUCAGAUGACAUUGAGGAAAACACAGCCUGGAAAGUCGCUCGCCCGCCGCAUAAACAUCGGUAUUUAUUCCAACAACCGCAAGUUCAGUCAGAGACAAGUUCUCCUAUCCAGGAACUACUCAAUGAGCUCUUGCCUUCUCAGCCUUUCCGAAAAUGGCUCACACUUGUUACUGGAGCAGAUCGCCUCACCAGCUACAAUAUUCUGGCUCGUCGAUUCCGGCGGGGCGAAGACUACACCUUAGCCAAUAGCUAUGAGGGUGGUGAACCACGAUUGGAAUUCACUCUUGGUUUAACCCCGACUCCAGGCUGGGAGAAGGAUGAUGAGGAUGACGAAGUGGGCGACGAUGGCGACGAGAAGGUAGAAAAGGCUCCUACUAUUAAAGAAGGUUCAGAGGAAGAGUCAACCAUUGGUGGAUACGAAAUCUACAUGGCCGGGGACGAUGGCGACAACGAAAUGGAAAUAGACGCCGACACGACCGACAAGAGCAAGGCCAAGUCUGAUCCAGCAAUAUAUAAGGCGGCCCAGGGCGAUGAUGAUGGUAUUCUAUUCAGCAUGGCAGCAGGUUGGAACCGUAUGAGUAUCGUGCUUCGAGAUAGCGGCACACUCAAGUUUGUCAAAUAUGUCAGUGCUGCGGCCAAGGGGGACCGAUGGGAUAUAACGGGAGAGAUUGGGGUGGAAUAUGCUGAUGAAGAUGAGGAUGAAUAA